AUGCAGACGGCGCCCACGCAAAGAGCCGCAAACGACGGCAAACGACGCACCCCCACGCAAAGACGCCCACCGCAACGACGCCCAACGACGAGCGACCAAGACGCCACGAAACGACGCCCACGCAACGACGCCCACAACGAACGGAACGACGCCCACGCAAAGCCACCGCCGCAACGCCACGCAACGAACGCCCCACGGCAAGACGCCCACGCUAACGAGCCCAGGCACGAGACGCGACGGCCCACGCAACGACGCGCCACGAAACGACGCCCAUCGCCCACGAAGACGCCCCAAAACGCCACGCAACGACCCUACGUAACGACGCCCACGCAAAGACGCCCACCAAAGACGCCCACGCAAAGACGCCCACGGCAACGACGCCCACGCAAAGACGUCGUAACGCGCCGGCACGCAAAGACGCCCACGGCAACGACGCAGCCCACGCACGAGCCCAACACACGCACGCAAACGAACGGCCCACGACGCAACGACGCCCACGCAAAGACGCACGCAACGACGCCCAGCAACGACGCCACGCAAAGAUGCCACGCAACGACGGCCCACGGCAAAGACGCCCACGCAACGACGCCCACGCAAAAGACGCCCACGUCAACGACGCCACGCAAAGCGCCCACAACGCAACGAAAACGCCCCACGACGCAACGACGCCCACGCAACGAUGCCCACGCAAAAGACGCCCACGCACGAAAAGACGCCCACGCAACGACGCCCACGCAACGACGCCCCACAAAGACGCCCACGCAACGAGGCCCACGCAACGACACGCAAGACGCCCACGCAACGACGCCCACGCAAGACGCCACGCAAAGACGUCCACGGCACGACGUACCCACGACGCGCCCACGAAUAGAUGCCAGCAACGACGUCCCACGCAACGACGCCCACGCAACGAGCCCACGCAACGACGCCACGCAACGCCCACCAACGACGCCCACGAAACGACGCCCACGAACGCCGACCACGCAAGGACGCCCACGCAAGACGGCCACGCAAGACGCCACGCAACGACGACGCCCCACGCAACGACGCCCACGCAAAGACGCCCACGCAACGACGCCCACGCAACGACGCCCACGCAACGACGCCCACUGCAAGGACCACAGCAACGACGGCCCACGGAACCGACGCCCAACACGAACGUGCAACGACGCUGCCACGCGCCCACAGACGCCCACGCAACGACGCCAAGCACGAACGACGGCCACGGACGACGGGGCCAGCAACGUUGUGACGGAGGACCAACAGGUGAAGGUGUUGCUAGUACGAGGGUUACUAGAUGUUGACCUGGAGGUGUAUGCGCUGUCGAUUGAACAGGCGCGAUUUGUAGCUUACAGUAGCCUUGCAGCGUGCAUCAAUACCACACUGAUACAAUGA